UAUGACGCAUGAAAACGAAAGAUGUAAACGAAUUUCGCCGAUAGCGUUAUGUUUACAUUAAAUGAUGUUUAUCAUGUGCCUUUUUUUACACGUUUACAAACACAUGCGCUCAGCUAAUAAAAAAACUGUGCAAGCAUUUGCAUCGCGUAUGAAAUCAACAGCUCCACACUGAAAAAAAUAAUGUAUACAAAAAAAAAAAACAUAAUACGGUUGAUGAUGAUUCGGAUGAAAAAUGAUUGACCUCUUCUAAAAAGAAUAUGGAACAAUUUAUUUUUACAACAGUAUCGCCGUUGCUAGAAUCAACGUUCUUAGCUAGCUAAAUUUAAUUUCAGAUUAAGUUGUUCCUUUUCGAUUACUCAAUGAUAUAAUUAAAAAUUAUUUUGUUCAUUUAACAUUAAUGAUAACAGCCAGACGCAUUUCGAUUGUGGAGUGAGCAGUACGUUGCGCGCGGUACUCACAAACCGAAAACAACAACUCGUUUGGUUUGUUUGUUGUGUGAACUUCUAUAUGUUUUUCGCCUCUGUGCGGUUUAACUCGUUUGGUUUAAUUUUCCCGUGACAAAAUCGAGUUGUCAAUUGUCGUUCGAAUUAGUUGUGUUUUUAAUUUAACCAUUUGUAUUGUUAUUACUUAAAACUAGAUAUAGAUCAAUUCAGAGCCGCGCCAACAACAUUUUUAAACGGUGAUAAAUAUAGUGUUUGAACUCUUUUGUAUCGGUGAAAAAAUAUUAUUGCAAUCUAGUAAGUCAACGAUCUAAAUCAAUUAGUUCCCCUAAGCCAAAAUCGCGGCCUCUAUAAUUGAAAAUUGGCGAGCAAUGGCUCUUGUGGUACCUGAAGAAUCGCAAAGGCCGUACCGGUUCGGUAUGACGUUGGUGUGUAUAGGGGCGCUGUUCAACUGGCUCGGAUUAGCCGAUCAUCACACCAAACCUGUACCAGCCGUCAGAUACAUUGGCGUUGGGCUUGUCGCUUCUGGUGCUGUACUUAUUUGUAUGGCCAUGUGCUUUUGGAUGAAUAGUGUACGGGACGAAGAAGAUGAUGAGUCCAUUGAUCAUAUUCACGUUAUAUCUAUAGAUCCACCAGUUCGAAUUGAUGAAAAACCUCCAGAUUAUGCGUCGGUGGUCGAUGUUCCCCCGAGUUAUGACGAUGCUAUCAAACUAGAUCCGCAAAGACUUAUGUUGGAGAGCCAGAUGGUUGAAACUUGUACCAUUACUUUGAAUACAGACGAGUACGACAAAGGAAACUCUAAUUCCAGUGCCGUCACUACAACCAGUACGGGUAUACAGUCGACACUGGCACAAGCCAUAAGGAAAAGUAUACGGGAUAUUCGCAAACAGCUGUCUAACACAGUGAGUGAUACAAAUUCAUCUAAUCAGGAACAGCAACAGGGCCAAAGCAGCCAAGAGCAAAAUGCUGUUUCAGGAAAAUCGACGUUGAAUUCGACGCAUAAUCCUACCAAUUAGUUAUUUGUGCUGACUGUACUAAUGUUUGAACAAGACUGAAAUAAUAUUAUUAGAACCUAAGUAAUUUGAGAUUUAUAAUAUUCACAUGCAUGUAUGAUAUCGAUGUAUAUAUAUAAAUGUGUACCUUAAAGUUUAGUUAAAUAUUGUAAAUGAUCGUUUAUUUAAAAUCUGUACAUUUUAUAUAAUAAACAAUAAUAAAUAAUACAAAAUAUCAUGAUUAUAUAUAAAAAACCUAUUCUCCAUUAUAAUAAUUGAUUUUUUU